AUGCCUGGGACAGACAACUUUUAUAUCUUCACCUCGGUGCGAUACGACCCCAGCCUGCAGCAGGUGCCCAGCCGUGGCUUUCAACAUGCCACAUGGAAUUACAAUCACGUAUCUCCCUUUUACUGUCUAGACUAUCACCGAGAUCGCUUGCUUCAAGCAGCCACUCAUUGGGGAUGGCAGUCCGCUAUCGAUACGCUCACCGGCGAUGAGGCCGUCACGAAGCUUGCCGAGUCCGCCAACGAGUUCCUUGGCACGUCCCAGAUGACACCGGUGCGACUCCGAAUCAUUGUUCACGCCCACGGCACGUUUGAGUUUCAGCAAUUUGAUACUCCGGAUGCCUCGAUGGAAAACCUCUUUCCAUUGCGCCUACCCGUGCCAGGCGCAACGCCGGGCGAAAUGGAGGCCAAACGAUCCGUGGUGUAUGCGCUUCUUCGUGACGAUACCCCCAUCUCUCGCUCUGAAUUUACGCAUCAUAAAACGUCGAAGCGAGAAGUGUACAACGAGGCACGUCACCGUGCUGGUAUUGAGGCGGGCGAACGAAAAGAAGUACUCAUGAUCAAUGACCAGAAUGGCGAAAUCAUGGAAGGCAGCAUUACCACACCGUACUUUUGGAGGAAUGACAGGUGGAUUACGCCUCCAAUUUCAGCCGAGUUCAGCUCCAACCUGGGGAGCGGGGGCAACAACGGAACAUCGAGGCGAUUUGCGCUCGAAAAUAAACUUGCGGUAGAAGAGUCUAUCAAAGCAGAGACUCUGUUUGACGGCGAGGAAUGCUGGAUAAGCAAUGGUGUGUCUGGCUUUAUUGCGGCGCAGGUGCGGUUAAACAAGUAG